CCUCGUUCUUCAAGUACGCCGAGGCGCAAUCCGCUGUUUCUUCUCCCUUUGUUCCUUCCUGCGGAACGCCCAUCUCAUCGCGAUACUGAAAUUGGCCGAGAGUUGAGAGGAUCUACCAGUGAAGACAUUCACCAUUUCAGCCCUCUAAGCGACCCCAUUGCGCUUUUUCAUUUGCCCAACCCUAACAAAACUUCAACAUCAACUCGCUCGGCUGCAUCCCUUGAUACCUCGCCUCUCCUCCUCGAAUACGCGUUAGAGGCGCCCAAGACACCUUUGCCAUCCCCAGUUGCUCUCUUGAAAGAUGGAAUUCGAGAAAGAGAACCUCGAUGCAGAAGCUGCGAAAGGGCCCGAAGUUGUGAGCGCUCCCGACGUCGACGAUGCAUCUAUCGAAGAAAUACGCCGCGCGAAGGAGAUCCAGAGUCGCAACCCUGUCCUUCGAUAUCUGAAAAAAGGAGAGGAGUGGCUCGACGCCAAGAUGGGCAUUGAGACGCAGGGCGUGGACCGCAUCCCGGAGGAAAAGAAACAGCCUCCCUCCAUCUGGAACAUCUUCUUGAUGUGGUGGUCGCUGAAUGUUCACGUCGGAGUUGUUCCACUGGGGCUCCUCGGUCCUGAAUUCGGUCUGUCGCUGAAGCAGUCCAUUGCUGCCAGUGUAGUGGGAACUAUGCUUGGAGCACUGUGCACUGCGUUCACCGGGACUUUAGGCCCAAAGCUUGGCCUUCGUCAAAUUGCAACCUCUCGCUAUUCCUUCGGUUUCUGGGGCGCAAAGCUCUGCUCCGUUCUCAACGUUGUUGUCGGAGGCGGCUUCGCUGUUGUCAACUAUGUCGUUGUAGGUCAGAUCCUCAACGCGGUGAGCGACUACACUAUGUCUAUCACGGUCGGCAUUGUGAUCAUAGCAGUCAUCUCCUACGUUCUUUGCGUAUUUGGAUUCAAAGUCAUCCACACGUUCGAGAAGUAUUCAUGGAUUGGAACCUUCAUCCUCCUCUGCGUUCUCAUCGGUCAAGCAGCACCGCAUGUUGAUUCUAGCCUUCCAGGACUAGAUGGCAGCUCUGGUACCACAUUCGCCGCCAAUUUCUUGACCAUCCUGUCCAUCAACUUCUCCAACGCCUCUGGUUGGUGCAGUAUAGCAGCCGACUACUACUGCAACUUUCCCGCUGAUACCCCGACAUGGAAGGUUUUCACUCUAACCUGGUGGGGAAUCGUCCUUCCCACCACCUUCUCCGUGGUGAUAGGCUGCUGUCUCGGCAACGCCGCGGUAUCCGUCGCAUAUCCCCCAUACGCUGACGCCUACGGUAAUCACGGCCUCGGUGGCCUGAUCUAUGAAGUCUACCACCCUGUCGGCUGGUCCAAGUUCUGCCUCGUUAUGCUCACCUUCUCCGUUCUCGGCAACAACAUUGCCAUCAACUAUUCCUCGGGUCUUUCGCUCCAACUCCUCGGCCACUACUUCCACGCCGUGCCACGGCUGAUCUGGUCGCUGCUGUUCGUCAUCGUCAUCGCCGUUCUCGCCAUUGCGGGCCAGGAACACCUCUCCACUAUCGUCUCAAACUUCGUCAGCCUCCUCGGCUAUUGGACCGUUAGUUUCACACUCGUCCUGCUCAUCGAAGAUCAAUUCUUCCGCAAACGCUCCGGCUACGACCUCACUGUGUGGGAUAAGCCGCACGCUCUGCCGUGGGGCUGUGCGGCGGUGCUCGCACUCUUGACUGGAUAUCUUGCGGGCGGUGUCACUGGAAUGGCUCAGACUUGGUACAUUGGUCCUAUUGCGGCCAAGUUCGGUGGGUUUGGAGGCGAUGUGGGUAUUUAUUUAAGUGCGGCAUUCACGUUGAUCGUGUAUCCUGUGGCAAGGAUUGUGGAGAAGAAGUAUACAGGAAGGUAAUGAAUUACGUAGGCUAGCACGUAAUGGUCUGGUUCUCGCGAGGUAUGAUGGCCGGCAAGCUUCAAAGUAGACUGUAGCGAACGAGC